CUAAUUUGCCAGACUAAUUUUAAUUUUCUCUUAUUUUAAUCAUUUCUUCAAGCUCUUUACACAAAUUUGGUUGACCGUAGAAUAACAUAAACAACAUCUCCGCAGCCCCCGGAAACCCCACUCGGUGUGUAUAUGGUCCUUCACCUUUGUUGAUGUUGUUGACGUCAAAACAUACGUGUCGUGCAACGUCGUCGGUGCUGCCCGCAGAACGAUUGUUUUGGGAGGAAAAUUCGUUCCGUUUCGACCCCGGACACCAGCAGAAUGGCCGACCUGAAGCGUGAUCUCGACGAGUACCUGCUGUUGCAGGAAAAUCAGAAGAAAAACUUUAAGAUAGAGAUGCCCAAAAUGCCAUCCCUGCCUACGCCCGACCUGGUUGGAAAGCUGUUCGGCCGCAACCAGGAACCGGAGGCAAACAGUUGGCUAAAGGAUACGCAGGACACUUGUUGCCCAAAGCUGUCUCGUAUCCAGCGGAUAGUAGGAUUCGUCACAUGCAUGGGUCUUGGCAUUUUCUGCAUGAUCGUGUCCACCUUCUACAUACCCGUGCUGAUACUGAAGGCGAGAAAGUUUGCUCUCCUGUACACACUUGGCAGUGUCUUUUUCAUCAUGAGCUUUUCAUUCCUGAGCGGCUUCGGUGCAAUGUUCCGACAGAUGUUCUCCCGCGAACGGGUCGCAAUGUCGAUCAGCUACACCUGCUGCCUGACCGCCACACUCUACUUCGCCAUGGUUGCACAAAGUACCGCCCUGACGGUACUGUUUGCCGUCGCCCAGAUCAUUACGCUGCUGUGGAUGAUACUGGCCGCCAUUCCGGGCGGUAUGAGUGGGGUGAAAUUCUUCGGCAGCAUGUUCCGAAGUUCCGUUUCUAGCACAUUACCCGUUUAGAGAGAGGAACAGUAAUACACAAAAACCGAACAGGUGGAAAACGGUGAAAGCAAAUGUGCAAGUGUGAUAUCAUGUUAGUUGUAGCGUGCGUAAGCCAGAGAUUACAAUUACGACUAGGUUAAAAAAAGUGCGGACCGGUCUUAGAGGUGAUCACAGCCAACAAGAUCCGUUUACUUUCUGAGGCUGCGAGCCUAACUACUAAAGUAUUUUUCCACUAAACCCGUACAACAAAUAAACUUAACAGGAAUACAGAAUA